CAAUAUAGAAUCAACUAUAUAAAUCGUGAAAAACAGUCACUAAUAAAGAUUAUUCAACCCGGUUCAAUACAAAUAAUAUUUAAUAGCAAUCUAAACUAACCAAAUCAAUUCUAUUCUAAUAACUAAUCAUCAUCUACACAUAAAAAUCUCCAAAGUCCAACCUGUAAAAUAUCUCUUCAAUCUUCAAUUUCUGGGUUUUUGAUCCAAUUUCAAACAGACUAGACCAUCAGCACCAUGACAUUCAACAAAGCCAGCUCAGUGAGAUUCUCAAAACCCACAUCAGUUCUGCCUUAUGAAACCCAAAACAUCACUAAUCUUUACACCUUAAGCAAAAAGCUUGGCCAAGGUCAAUAUGGAACCACAUACUUGUGCACAGAAAACUCUACAGGCAAAAAAUAUGCUUGCAAAUCAAUACCCAAAAGGAAGCUUUUGUGUAGGGAAGAUUGUGAUGAUGUAUGGAGGGAGAUUCAGAUAAUGCAUCAUUUAGCCGAGAACCCGAAUGUUGUAACCAUAAAAGGAACUUAUGAGGAUUCCCUUCAUGUUCAUCUGGUGAUGGAGUUGUGUGAAGGUGGAGAGCUUUUCGAUCGAAUCGUAGCCAAAGGGCUCUAUAGUGAAAGAGAAGCGGCUCGGUUAAUAAAGACUAUUGUAGGUGUUGUUGAAGCUUGUCAUUCAUUGGGGGUAAUUCAUAGAGAUCUCAAACCUGAAAACUUCUUGUUUGAGAGUACUGCAGAGGAUUCUCCUCUGAAAGCUACAGAUUUCGGUCUUUCUGUGUUUUAUCAGCCAGGAGAUACCUUCAGUGAUGUGGUUGGGAGUCCAUUCUACGUUGCACCAGAAGUACUGAACAAGCUUUAUGGCCCAGAAGCUGAUGUUUGGAGUGUGGGUGUUAUAUUGUACAUCUUACUUAGUGGAGUUCCUCCUUUUUGGGCAGGUAAAUUAAGCUUUUCUGCUUGUGUAUUUUCAGAAACUGAUGCAGGAAUAUUCAGGCAGAUACUGCAAGGAAAGAUCGAUUUUGAGACACUACCAUGGCCAAGCAUCUCUGGGGGUGCUAAAGAUUUAAUAAGAAAGAUGCUUGUCAAAGAUCCCAAGAAAAGACUGACAGCAUAUCAAGUGCUUAGUCAUCCAUGGAUUGUCGAUGACACAAAUGUACCUGACAAGCCUCUUGAUUCAGCUGUUUUAUCGCGCCUCAAGCAGUUUUCCGCCAUGAACAAGAUUAAGAAGAUGGCCUGUCGAGUCAUAGCUGAGAGACUUUCUGAAGAAGAAAUUGGUGGUUUGAAGGAGCUAUUCAGAAAGAUAGACAAGGACCAAAGUGGAAGUAUAACAUUUGAUGAGUUGAGAAAUGGCCUGCGACGGGUUGAUUCAAAGAUAAAGGAAUCUGAAAUUGAGGAUCUCAUGCAUGCAGCCGAUGUGGAUGAAAAUGGAACCAUAGACUAUGGAGAAUUCGUAGCUGCUACCCUGCACUUAAACAAAUUGGAGAGAGAGGAGAACUUGGCAUCUGCAUUUGCGUAUUUUGACAAAGAUGGCAGCGGCUAUAUAACCAUUGACGAGCUCCAGCUAGCCUGCAAAGAACUCGGACUCAGUGAUCACCACCUGGACGAAAUGAUCAAGGAGGUCGACCAAGAUCAUGAUGGUCAAAUAGAUUAUGGAGAAUUUGUUACCAUGAUGAGAAAGGGAAACAGAGGUGGCGGAAGGAGAACAAUGAGAAGCAUUAUAAAUUGGGAGGAUGCAGUUGAAUCUCUGGAGAUGUCCUCUAUAGAAGCUAAAUGCCAUUAGAAUUUUCUAAUUAAUCUUUUCAUUUAAGAAUAUUGACAAAAACUAGCUCAAGAGCCGUUCAAUCUACUGAAGAUCUGAUUUUUGCAGUUUGUUACUUAUAUAUUACCCAUUUUUAUUGCUGUACUGAACCAGAUAAGAUAUGGAAUCUGAAAGCCUCUUUGUGAUACUUCCAUUUA